GGGAUCAAGCCUGCAAACAAGGUACAUGCCCUUGACUGGAAUCAAACUUGGGACCCUUCAGUCUGAGUGCUGACGCUCCAUCCACUGAGCCAAACCAGUUAGGGCGUGAUUGUUUCUUAAUUUACUACUACUGAGUACUGAAUGGGACUUUACUGGGGCUCUACAUAAGAAUUCUUUAAACUUCAGAAUUAUAGAGCUUCCCUUUUGCACCAAAGUAGCUAAGAUAUUGGGGGAGCGGAUGACAUGCAGGUCUGGCUGAAUAGUCACUCAGGCAAAAGUGUCAAGUGAGUGGGGGCUGGUAAAAUGGGCUCCUGGUUGUCUCUGAACAUUCUGGGAUUUUCAUUCAUUAUAAUCUCUAAUUUAGUGCCUACUUGGGUGGAUAUAUGACUGGACCCAAAGUAAUUGGUUCUCAAGGCAUAAGACCAUGAAGAUAUAGUGAAGAAUGAUAAAAUGCAAUGGCUCAGACUUCUCAGAGAGGAGAAUGUGAUGAGCCUCUCUGUUCUCCAAGAAGGACCAAACUCUGCAGAGAACACUCUCUCAUUCAAGAAGAUCUGGUCAUCAGUUUCAGGGUCAAAGGGUUCAUGUGAUUAAAAAAUUCUCUCUCUCAAAUCAAUAAAAUGUUUUUAUAAACAUUUUUCUCUGCUGGAAAAGCACAAGUUAGUUUUGGGGCAGGGGUGCCAGACGCCUUAAGUGAGCUGUCUUCUAUUUCAGAGCCUGUCCCACUUCCUACUAUUGGACAUAUAGUAAUCCCAAAUUUAAGCUUGUGCAGACAUAGCCACUAACAUACACUCUUAAUCCUCCUACUCACUCAGUCAAGGAAAUUUUGCCACUUCCAAUCUGGCAUUUCUCCCAGUCCUUGGGGAAAUGGAUUGUUGCUUCUCCUCCACCAUUGCUUAUUUCUUCUACUCUUUCUGUCCUGCCUGUGUUCUUCCUAAUACUACCCGACACCAGCCCAGCCCAAAGUUCCCCAGAUCAUGCAAAUAAGUGAUGAUGGUGGUGAUGAUACUAGUAACUUAUACAUAGUGAAAUGGGCUUGGUGCUUAGAGAACAUCUUGAAGGGCAGAAGAAUGGGCAGUUUCUGUUAUUUUCUGAGCUAGAUGAAUAUCUCAGUAUCAAUAUUGACUUGGGGCUAGGACAAAAAAAAUGGAGAGAUUAGGGUGUGUGUUAAGGGGGAUUGGCCUGCAAGGAUCUCAACAGAGUAGUUAUUCUUGCUGAUGUUAUUCAUGAGGGUGAGGAGGGAUUUCAAAAUUAGACACCUUCACAGAAUUGGUUUUGUGAUGGAGACCAGUAGAGGCCCACUUUCCUCUGGCACCAUCUUCAAGGAACUGUGAACUUAUUACUCUUUCCUCUCUGCCUUUCCUAAGAUAUACAAAUAUUAGAAUGUAUUGUAAUUGUUUACUGAACACAUCUCUCUCACUAGACUAGUUCUUGGAGAGCAAGGAUGAUGUUGUUUUCAUCUUUGGCUUACCAGCAUCUUGCACAGUGCCUGGCAUAUAGAAAGUGCUCAAUAAAUAUUUGCUAAUAAGACAACAAAUCAGUGGUAUCAAAAUGAAUGUUACUUCUUCCUUCCCAUGGGGUGGUGGCUAGGAGUUGGCUGGAUUUCUGCAAUAACCUCCAUUAUACUGUCUUGCUCCCUCCAGAUGACAUCAGUUGCCAAGGUAUAUUACAGUCAGACCACUCAGACAGAAAGCCGGCCCCUAAUGGGCCCAGGGAUACGACGGCGAAGAGUUCUGACAAAAGAUGGUCGCAGCAAUGUGAGAAUGGAGCACAUUGCUGACAAGCGCUUCCUCUACCUCAAGGAUCUGUGGACAACCUUCAUCGACAUGCAGUGGCGCUACAAGCUUCUGCUCUUCUCUGCAACUUUUGCAGGCACCUGGUUCCUCUUUGGCGUGGUGUGGUAUCUGGUGGCUGUGGCCCACGGGGACCUGCUGGAGCUGGGCCCCCCAGCUAACCAUACCCCCUGUGUGGUACAGGUGCACACACUCACUGGGGCCUUCCUCUUCUCCCUUGAAUCCCAGACCACCAUUGGCUAUGGCUUCCGCUACAUCAGUGAGGAGUGCCCACUGGCCAUCGUACUUCUGAUUGCCCAGCUAGUGCUCACCACCAUCCUGGAGAUCUUCAUCACGGGUACCUUCCUGGCAAAGAUUGCUCGGCCCAAGAAGCGGGCUGAGACCAUCCGUUUCAGCCAGCAUGCGGUUGUAGCUGCCCACAAUGGGAAGCCUUGCCUUAUGAUUCGAGUGGCCAAUAUGCGUAAGAGCCUUCUCAUUGGCUGCCAGGUGACAGGCAAACUGCUUCAGACCCACCAGACCAAGGAGGGUGAGAACAUCCGGCUUAACCAGGUCAAUGUGACUUUUCAAGUAGACACGGCUUCUGACAGCCCCUUCCUCAUUCUACCCCUUACCUUCUACCAUGUGGUAGAUGAGACCAGUCCCUUAAAAGACCUCCCCCUUCGCAGUGGUGAGGGCGACUUCGAGCUGGUGCUGAUCCUAAGUGGGACAGUGGAAUCCACCAGUGCCACCUGCCAAGUGCGUACUUCCUACCUGCCAGAGGAGAUCCUUUGGGGCUAUGAGUUCACACCUGCCAUCUCGCUGUCAGCCAGUGGCAAAUAUAUAGCUGACUUCAGCCUUUUUGACCAAGUUGUGAAAGUGGCUCCUCCUAGUGGCCUACGUGACAGCACUGUAUGCUAUGGAGACCCUGAAAAGCUCAAGCUGGAGGAGUCAUUCAGAGAACAAGCUGAGAAGGAGGGCAGUGCCCUCAGUGUGCGUAUCAGCAACGUCUGAUACCUUGGUUUCCCACCUCCCUAUCCCUCUAGUCUCGCUUCCUUUUUGGCACUCUGGGUGAGGAUAUUACCCAGGCUUACUGAAGAGUUCCAGAAGCACCAUUCUCCACUCCCUCUCCUUUAACCCAGUGGCCUGUGGGUAGUCUAGGCCAACUGGAGUCCAAUUUUUCCUCCCAUUGUCCCCUUUCACCUCACCCACUUCCACUGCAUUAUUACCGCCCCCUCCACCCUCCUUAAGCCAGGAUGGAGGAAAGAGAGGGAAGAUUAGGCUAAAAGGCUUAGAGGCUUCUGGCAUGCUUGGAGACUCACAUUAGAAGGACCAUGCAGUUGGAUGGACAGAUUCCCCCUGACCUACCACCACCACCAGAGAUUUUGGUCAUUUGAGGCUGGAGUCCCCUCCUUCUCUAACUUUUAUCUAACAAGUUCCCUAAGGCAAUACUCUGAUGAUCCCCUUAAGGUCUGUGU